CCAGUGACCCAAAAAAGGCAAAGCGUUCCGUCCUUUGGUUCCGACCCAGAUGAAAAAAGUGUUGAAGUCCUCCACGUACGCACCAUGAGGAGGUCCGCGAGGGACCGACACCGCCGCGUCGCCGUCCUCUGCCUGUUGGUCGCCGGCAUGCUCGUCGCCACUCACGCGGAGGAGGAGGCGGAAGACGCUCCGGGGAGCCGCGCGGUUUUCACAGACUACUUCAGGCAACUCAGCCGCGAAAGGAGAGCCUUAAACCGGUCGACACGGAGCAGCGCCCCGCCUGAGCCUGCGGAGCUUCUGACCGCGGACGAUGUGUUCGUCGCGGUGAAGACCACCAAAAAAUACCACCAGAGCAGAUUGGAGCUCCUUUUGGACACAUGGAUCGCCAACAACAUGCAACAUACAUACGUGUUCACAGACGCCGAGGACGCGGCGCUGAGGAAACGGAUUGGUUUUCACCUGAUCAACACUAAUUGCUCGGCAGCUCACAGCCGACAAGCGCUCUCUUGUAAAAUGGCCGCCGAGUACGACGCCUUCUUAAACUCCGACAGGAAGUGGUUCUGUCACGUGGACGACGACAACUACCUGAACAUGAACACCCUCUUGGGCCUGUUGUCUCAGUACAGCCACGCGCAGGAUGUCUACAUCGGGAAACCCAGUCUGGAGCGCCCCUUGGAGGCCACCGAGACGCUCCCCGAUGGUAAAACGAGGAAGGUGGAUUUCUGGUUCGCCACAGGGGGCGCCGGCUUCUGCCUAAGUCGCGCUCUCGCCAUCAAGAUGCGACCGUGGGCCAGUAAGGGGGCGUUCUUGUCGACGGCCGAGCGUAUCCAUCUGCCGGAUGACUGCACUGUGGGCUACAUCGUGGGGGCUCUGUUGGGAGUGGGCCUCACCCGCUCACCACUUUUCCACUCACACCUGGAGAGCCUGGCAUUGUUGACGCGGGUGGAGGAACAGGUGACUCUCAGCUACAGCAUAGAUGACAGAAACAUCAUCAGUCUCAAAGGACCUUUUCCAAUACAACAAGAUCCAACCAGGUUCAAGUGUGUGCAUUGUGUGUUGUAUCCACACACACCCUGGUGCCAGAUCUGAAUCCAUCCAGACACUAAAAAAGAAAGCAAAUCUCCCAUUUUGGGGGAAUUAAGCAUCUGGGAAAAGACAAGACAUUUCUCUCUUCAUUUAAGACGCUCUUCAUGGUAAAAUGUGUUAACCUGAAAAAAAGUGUUUUUGGUCGGGGACAAAGUCAGUUUUUACUUUUCUGGAUUAGUCCCAAAAAAUUGGGUUUUAGCAACAUAUCUGAGAAGAGAAAUAUAGAUUUAUUUUUGUAUUUUUAUGUUUUUAACCCAAAGCACCAAGAACUAUUUUUUAAUAGUUUUGGAUUGAAGAGAAUUUUUUUUUUUUUUUUUAAACAAAAAAAUUCCCCACCCUCCCUUGGGAAA